CAGGGGAGAAGCUGGACAAGGCACUAGGACCUAGAAGGCAUCUAUCCACCCUGGCAGGAAUUUCUUGCUUGGAGCUCAGACAACAAAGGCAUAGGGAGAUUGGUUUUCUUUCUCUCAGCAUCUCCACCCAACCAGCAGAAAACCGGUUUCUGAGGUUCCACCAAAAUAUGGAACUUGAUUUUGGACACUUUGACGAAAGAGAUAAGACAUCCAGGAACAUGCGAGGCUCGCGGAUGAAUGGGCUGCCUAGCCCUACUCACAGUGCCCACUGUAGCUUCUACAGAACCCGAACAUUGCAGGCAUUAAGCAACGAGAAGAAAGCCAAGAAGGUACGUUUCUACCGCAAUGGGGACCGCUACUUCAAGGGGAUUGUGUACGCUGUGUCCUCUGACCGUUUUCGCAGCUUCGACGCUUUGCUGGCUGACCUGACUCGAUCUCUGUCUGACAACAUCAACCUGCCUCAGGGAGUGCGCUACAUUUACACCAUUGAUGGAUCCAGGAAGAUCGGAAGCAUGGAUGAACUAGAGGAAGGGGAAAGCUAUGUCUGUUCCUCAGACAACUUCUUUAAAAAGGUGGAGUACACCAAGAAUGUCAACCCCAACUGGUCUGUCAAUGUAAAGACAUCUGCCAAUAUGAAAGCCCCCCAGUCCCUGGCUAGCAGCAACAGUGCCCAGGCCAGAGAGAACAAGGACUUUGUGCGCCCCAAGCUGGUGACCAUCAUCCGCAGUGGGGUGAAACCUCGGAAGGCUGUGCGUGUGCUUCUUAACAAGAAGACAGCCCAUUCCUUUGAGCAAGUCCUUACCGAUAUCACUGAAGCCAUCAAACUAGAGACUGGAGUCGUCAAAAAACUCUACACUCUAGAUGGAAAACAAGUAACCUGUCUUCAUGAUUUUUUUGGUGAUGACGAUGUGUUUAUUGCCUGUGGUCCAGAAAAAUUUCGCUAUGCUCAGGAUGACUUUUCUUUGGAUGAAAAUGAAUGCCGAGUCAUGAAGGGAAACCCAUCAGCCACAUCUGGCCCAAAGGCUUCUCCAACACCUCAGAAGAGUUCAGCCAAGAGCCCUGGCCCUAUGCGCCGAAGCAAGUCUCCUGCUGACUCAGCAAAUGGAACCUCCAGCAGCCAGCUCUCUACCCCCAAGUCUAAGCAGUCUCCCAUCUCUACGCCCACAAGUCCUGGCAGUCUCCGGAAGCACAAGGACCUGUAUCUGCCUCUGUCCUUGGAUGACUCAGACUCACUUGGUGAUUCCAUGUGAAGGGGGAGAGACUCUUCAGAGUCCAGAGUAUAAAUGCAAGCCUCCCAUUACUGUAGGGUAAUUUUGCUCAAGUGUCCAACAAGGCUAUUGGUGCUUUCAAUUUUUAUUUGUUGUUGUUGUUGUUUUCCAAAACACACUGUAGUAUGUUGGGUUUACUUUCCUGUGACUUCUCCUCUGGGCCACUAAUUCACAGUUACCAAUUAUGAGAGAUAGAUUGAUAACCAUCCUUUGGGGUAACUUUCCAGGGAUGCAAAAUGUGCUAUCCAUGACCUUUCUACUGAAUGUUAGACACCUCCACUCUUACAUUGCAGUCUUCCUUCUGUGGAGGGCUGUUUAUAUAGAUAGCAGUUAAAUGUUUGCAUGGGAAAAACUUAUUGUUGAAUUCAAAAGUGACAAACAUGAAUUCCCCUUGUCUCUGGGUUUUCAAAAUUCUGGAGGAUCAAGGAGAAUGGCAAGACAGCUCCCCAGGCUUGCUCUUCACUCAUGAUUGAGUCCCCAGUUUGUUGUCUAGCACCUAUUCUGGCCAUCAAGAGGGAGAAACAUCAGCAACUUAUAAUUAUGACACCAUAUACUUAGGACUUAGGUGCAGAGAUAGCUAAAAGAGACAUGGAAGAAUUGGUAAAUACUGCAUACACUUCAGCAGUUUCUAAAGCACAGUGAAUUCCUGGGCAAACUCUCCACUGAGGCAAUUUGGAAUCAAUAAGCAAUUGGUAAGAAUUUGGGGUAAGGGACUUCAUAUACCUGAUUCCUCUAGGAGGCUAACAUGACAAGUUAUUAUACAAACUGUAUGGUAUCCAUCUAUCUCUGUUCUAUUGAAUGCCUUGUAACAGCCAACACUGAAAACACUGUGAGAAUUUGUUUUCAGGUCUGACACAUUUUGGUCGCUUUUUAUAGCAAGAAACCAAUAUCCUUUUUAUAAAAAUUCAUGACUGUAUUUUAGGAGCAAACUCUCAGGCUCCUUUUUUAUAAACUGGUGAUUUUUCUUUUGUCUAAAAAACACAUGCAGAAAACUUA